AUGAUGGCCACCCCAAAGGGCGCCGGCUUCUCCCGCAACAGGCGCGUCACGACAUACAGCAAGGCAUUUGGGCGAAGGUCGCGGCCGGAGGAAAAGGGGAAAGACGGACGAAGUGUCACUGCUCCGCUCGAAUCCAGCACCAUCUGGGACUUCCAAGAUGACGACGAGAUUAGUAGCCCGGUCGUCACGUUGCCCAAGUCCAAAUUCAAGCAAUACGGUCGCAAGAUCGAACAGCAGAAGACACGCCGCGUUGCUGAGGUCACCCCGAGACCAGCGCCGGUCGCGCAGGCAAAAGUCCUCCCAAAUCCGAAGAGAAGGAGAACAUCGCCCAGUCAUGGAGAUUCUCGAGGCUUUCGCGCGCGCGCUUACUCGACGCCACCGUCGCCGCCUCCUUCUCUUCCGUCACCACCUCACGAGGCCAUGCCGCCACCAAAGACCGUCCCUAAAGCAUCAAAACCAAGAUCGAUCUUGCGGGUCUCUUCCUCCGGCUCAGCCAAAGCAGCAACAAAGGAAACGACAAUGAGAGACGCCCCCGCUAAGAGUGUGCCCUUCUCUCCAGCGAUCCCGAAGAACCUCAAGACUUUGAGUAUCAACAAAAACAGGAAAGAGUCCGUGCAGACGCAGAUCCCCUUCCGACCAGGUCAAACCCCGCGCAACAUUUCAGGAACCCGCCAAGAAAAGGCAUCAACUUCCAAAGUAGUGAGCCCCACUAUUGGUGACUCACAACGCCAGCAUGGUUCUGCAACUCGAAAGCGAAAAAGGUUGAUCGAUGAGCUCGCGGCUCAGGCGGACGAGAGCUCGGAUGAGGAUGACGAUCCGGUGGACUGGUCCCAGGCCUCGCGUCAGACACCCGAGCCACAGGAUCUGCCAAAUUUCCCUAGCACGCCGGAACCAAAGAUCCCCAAAAGUUUUGGGCGUCCGGAGUCUGCAAAGAAGAGGACAGGCCCCAAAGUGACCUACAGUGCCCGCAGAACGCUUCUUGCCGAAGGCAGUUCAGCCGGUGGCCUGGAAACUGUCGACGAGGACGCGUGGUUGAAGGAGCCUAUCCUUCCCACUGGCGGUUCUCAGUUCGACAUGGAUGAUGACGACGACGACGAAACAUACACAAAGGGUGCCGUGCGUAGCAUACACGAGCUGCGACAGGCUGGCGCGAAUAGCAGGUUUGCAGACGAGAUCGAAGACUUGCUGGCGCGGAUCGGCCGACCGAGCGGCAAGACCAGCUCCAGCAGGCGUAAUGCCCUGGUCGAGCUGUCGCAGAAAAUGUCAGACAAGAGCUUUGUCCGGAAGUUCCGUGACCACAACGGCGACAGGAGCCUCUUUGAGCAGGUCGGCAAAGAAACAGACAUCAUUGCUGGAUAUGCGCUUGUGGCUAUCUUGACAACACUCCUGGCAUCAACGGCAUCAACCCAUAUCAUGAGUCAGCUCCAGGGCCAGGGCCUGUCAUUGCUUCUCAAACGACUCCUCACUAUCCCUGCGGACAUUCAACCGAUUUCCAAGGACAGGACGAGCAACCUGUCAAGGAACGGACAGCAGGCCAUGUCCAAGUUGAAGGCAUCUCUUCUCAUCCUCCCGAUCUGGGAACCGACCACGCCUUUCAUGCUGUCACCCAGAAGAUUGGCUCUCAAGGCUCUGGAACUUAUUGUUAAGCACUCCGGGCCGGUCGAGGGCGAACUCUUCUCUCCUGAUGUGACAGACCAACUAUUCUCGCUGUUGGCAGAUGCGUCUGAGCCCGACUCUUGGAAAUACCCGCGCACAGAUGAAUCUAUAGACUUCCAUUUGGCACUGUCGCUCUUGGAGUCUUACUCGGUCCAGGCCAUGCAAACCGAGUCGAAGGACAGGUGGACUUUUAAGCACCUUCCCAUCAUUGCUGACACGCUUGGCACUACGCUCCGACGCAGCAAUGGUCGUCUUGGUGAAGUUGGCCUCCUGGUCCUAAAGCUGACCCUCAACACCGCAAACAACAAUCACGACGCUGCGACUGCGUUCAUAGAGAAGGGAACUGUGCGAACGCUUGCCAAUGCGCUGUGUGACACCUUUCAGACGGCGACGGCCGCGAUCGAUGAUACGGACGUCUUCAACAUCCAUCUCGAAUCGCUUCUGCUGAUGUCGGGCGUCUUGAUCAAUUUCUCCGAGCACGAUCGAAAUACGGGCGGGGCUCUUCUGAGUGCCCAGGAUGACAACGAGGCCCCGCUCAACAGGCUUGUUACGCUCUUCCUUAAUCACCACGCAGCCACGUCCGAGGCGGAUUCGGUGGAGAAGACUCAGUUGAACGUCGCCUUCGGGUACCUGUCAUUGCUGCUUGGGUACAUGUCCCUGUACGAACCAGUGCGAAAGCGAUUCAGCUCUAUGCACAAAGCAGGGAAUCUUGCGCCUUUACUGGAGUCGAUACGCGAGUUCAUCGCAUAUCACCGUAUGACAGACGCUGCAAUCGCGCAGGCCGGUGAUGGCCAGGAAUCUCAGUACUCGAGCUUCACGACGAAGCUGCAGGGUCUUGUGGAACGACUGGAAAGCUACGCAUAA